ACAGCAUGUCCAAGCCGGUGGACCACGUCAAGCGCCCCAUGAACGCCUUCAUGGUGUGGUCGCGGGCUCAGCGGCGUAAGAUGGCCCAGGAGAACCCUAAGAUGCACAACUCCGAGAUCAGCAAGCGCCUGGGAGCAGAGUGGAAGCUGCUCACCGAGUCGGAGAAGAGGCCGUUCAUCGACGAGGCGAAGCGCCUGCGAGCCAUGCACAUGAAAGAGCAUCCCGACUACAAGUACCGGCCCCGGCGCAAGCCCAAGACGCUGCUCAAGAAGGACAAGUUCGCCUUCCCGGUGCCUUACGGCUUGGGCGGCGUGGCGGACGCCGAGCACCCGGCGCUCAAGGCGGGAGCCGGGCUGCACGCAGGCGCGGGCGGAGGCCUGGUCCCCGAGUCUCUGCUCGCCAACCCGGAGAAGGCGGCUGCCGCAGCCGCCGCCGCCGCCGCGCGCGUCUUCUUCCCGCAGUCGGCGGCCGCCGCCGCCGCCGCCGCUGCAGCCGCCGCCGCGGGCAGCCCCUACUCGCUGCUCGACCUGGGCUCCAAGAUGGCAGAGAUCUCCUCGUCGUCGUCCGGCCUGCCGUACGCAUCGUCGCUCGGGUACCCGACCGCGGGCGCGGGCGCCUUCCACGGGGCGGCGGCGGCGGCUGCAGCGGCCGCGGCGGCCGCCGGGGGGCACACGCACUCGCACCCCAGCCCGGGCAACCCGGGCUAUAUGAUCCCGUGCAACUGCAGCGCGUGGCCCAGCCCCGGGCUGCAGCCGCCGCUAGCCUACAUCCUGCUGCCAGGCAUGGGCAAGCCUCAGCUGGACCCCUACCCCGCGGCCUACGCCGCCGCGCUAUGACCCCGCGGGGCCCACCCGCGAGGACCUGAGUGCGCACGUGUACAUAUGUAUAGGUACGAGACUGGCGGCCUUCCGGUGCGCCCUCGGACGACCGGGGGCCCGGUUUGUAUGUACAUAGAUGUAUAGGUGUCGGGCAGAGGCGGAGAUGCCAGCCAGCCGUGGCUUGAGUGGCCGAGCGCUCGAGGGCGCGCGAGAGAGUGUGCGUGUAGAUUCUAGGAUCCUUUCCCACCCGCACUUCUGCAGCCAGCUUUAAGAGCGCGGUUAUGUGCGUCCGCCAGCUCGGUGUUUGCUUUGCACUUCGGAACCUGUUGCGUUUACCCGUAGAGGUGGGUGGGAGGAGAAACUUUAACGCAACGGUGGGCUUUCCCGUUUUGUUGUUUGGAUUUUUUGCUUUUGUGCGUGUGUCUCAUCGAUCCUCCCUCCCGGUCCUCCUCGGUCUGUGUUGCAUGCACCCGGUUCUGACGUUAGGUUUGAAAAAUGUGGCAAAGGAGAGAGUUGAUGACCUUUCCUUAGGUUCUUAGAGAAGGGUGGCUCCAGACAGACGUCCUCUGCCCGUCCUGUUUGAACCCUGCAGAACUCUGCAGACCCCACACCGGAUCUGCUCCUGACCAGUGACCGGCUCGAAUCUGGCCUUUGUAUGGGAGAUGAUCACCGUUUCUUUUGUUUCAUCCCGUAUGCAAAUAAAAGCGGGAGCCCUUUUUUCUUUUCUUUUUCUUUCUUCCCCAAGAAAAAGAAAUGCGAAAAAAAAAUCUGUGCGGGUGGAAGUUGUCAGUUGGAUAUUCUGCCCCUGGAAAAUGUACUAGAAGUCUCCCUGAGUCCACUGGCUUGGACUUGUGACGCGGUUUACGAAAGUAUGGAAAGCUCGCAUGCUGGUUUCCCCUCAUGGCUGAGUUCACCUCAAGACUGUAAAUGUGUGUAUGUCAGUGAAAACAUUGAGUCUUGGAAAGUGUGUUAUUCUCGUUGCCCUAAAUUUGAGUCGGUUUUAGACUCAAAAACAGAAAGAAAAAAAACAUGUUGAGCAAAUGUCAAAGUUAACUUUUAAGAAUUGCGGAACUAUUUCAGAAUCGCAAUUUUAUCUAAGAUUAAAUCAGACGUUUUUGUCUGGGUCGUAACUAUAUAUUUAUUAUUUAGCAAAACUGGAAAAGAAAAACAGAAAGAAAGCACAGAAUUGUUUUUAAAAAUGCCUCAUUGUCAUCUAGCAUUCCUCUGGCACGCGCUGUUUAAUGUGUUUUUCGGAGUUCCCUUUCCGAAUAGCUUAUUUUCUAGACCGCCUGCAAUUCACUUGCAAAUUCUGAUGAAAUACAUUUUAGAAAAAAAAUCUCAAAUUAUAGCGUUUUCCUUUUGAAAUGUAUAUAUUUUGACUAAUGUUUGUGAAUGGAGUUGCUAACAUGUAUUUAGUUUCAUUUUGGCUUUAUGUAAGAUAAAGUUUUAAAAGUUUAAUUAUUGGUUUUAACUUUUAUGUGUAAAUGGAUUUCUUGUGCGAUCUUCUAAUUUAAUAUUAGAUGUGUCUAAGCUAUAUCUGUAAA